ACUUGUCAAACUUGGAAGCAAGAAACUCAAAAUGUUUUUUCUGAUAUUUUCCAAUGAAUAAACGUAAAAAUAAGUGUUUAAAUGUAAAAAUGGAUUGUUUUGUGAAAACUAGUGCUGAGAAAGAAGCGAUCUAUGAAAUAUAUCGAUCAUGUCGCCUGUGCGGCGGCGGAGCGGGGUAUAAAAUGCCAAUUAUACAAAAUGUAGUGAACAUAACUACAGACGACGUGGAAUUAAAAGACAAAAUACGGGAAUGCGUUCAAAUUGAGGUAUCUCAAGAUGAUAAAAUGCCUCCCCUGAUUUGUGAGUUGUGCGUCGAUAAGAUAUCGGACUUCUAUGAUUUCCUAGAGAUGUGCAGACGGACAAACAAACGAACAAGGUUACGGCUGGGGCUGCCUCCGCAAGCACUGGUUAGAGAUGCGCCAGAUGCAGGCGAUUGCAUUCUCGGUAUAACAGAACCUGUUUAUGUAAAAAAGGAGACAAACACAUCAAAUACAAAGAAAAAGGGAAAAGUUAUUAAAGGAAAGGAUGUUAAAGUUAAAAAGAAACCUGUUGUUCCAGUAAAGCAAGAAAUGCCGAAAAGUCUCAGCAGAGAACUUCGUGAAUUGUUAAUUAGCUCGAAAUCGGAUAAGAUCAAGAAAGCGGAAGCUAUGAGUCGAUAUAAUACAAAACCGGAGAAAAUACAGGAAAAAGUUCCAGAAGAAAAGUUGAAAGGUCUGAGCAGAGAACUGCGGGAAUUGUUAAAUAGUUCAAAAUCGGAUAAGAUCAAGAAAGCGGAAGCUAUGAGUCGACGUAAUACAAAAACGGAGGAAAUACAGGAAAGAGUUCAGAAAACGAAACCAGCACCUGAGCCAGAACCAAAAUCAAUAUUGAAAAGGAGGGACGAUAGUUCAUCAAGUAAUACAUUGAAGAGGACAAGGGAGAAGGAAGUUCAGAAGAGAUCCGAUGUCCAACCAAAGAAAGUCAAAAUAGUAGAAACUAGAGCGACGAGAACAUCAUGUCAUGAUAUAGUGGAUGAUGACGACGAUGACGACGAUGAAGACGAUGAAAUAAUGAAUAACAAGGUGCCUUGUAAGAUUUGUAAGAAGAAAUAUCAAAUUGGUGUGUCCUUGAACAAUCACAUGAGGACGCAUAAAGUACCUGAAAAAAUAAUACAUAAAUGCAACAAGUGCAAAAAGACAUUUGCAACGAGCAGAGAAUUAGAUCGGCACAAAUGUGUGACGGAAAGUAAACGGACAAGUAAUGUUAAAGAAACUGAAGUCAAAGAGACGACUGUGGAAUGCAAGUAUUGUAAUAAACCAUUUAAAAGUAUGGCGAGUAUUCACGGACACAUAGCUAGGUGUAAAAAACGUACAUCAACAACUUCAUCAACAACAGUGAUACAGCCGUCAGUAAGGAAACGUUUGAAACCGUUACAAGUUCGCACGGUUCGAUGCGAUCCGUUACUCGUGGAGCGGGAUAAUGGACACUUUGACGUGUCGCGUGUUGUUUGUCCAUACGGUCUCGACAAAAACUGCGUAUACCCGUACCAAAACACACAACGCUCGUCCCUACUCAGUGAAGACAAAAUGGUCGUCAUUCGUGAUGAUAUUACCAACUCGUUUGAACUAGAAGAGUAUGUACAUUGGGAUUCUGAUUCUGGCACAGACGAGUCAGACAUUUAUAUAGAAAAACGACGAAAAGUCGACAGUCUAUCAUCUAUAGCGCUAAAAACAAUAUUCUCCGAGAAAUUCCUGGGAAAAGUGCCGAAGAAAAAACGGAAGGUCAAAAUGGAGAACGCGUUCGAUUCGAUAUUAAAUACUAGUGAAGUUGAUAAUGAUUUUAGACUGGACAUCGAUAGUAUUAUACACAAUUUGGGCGAUGAUAAGAGUGAAAGAGACAGCGUUAGUAUUAAAAUACUUAAUGUAUUCAGUCAGAAAGAGACGGACUAUGAUAGCGAUAGAACGAGUUUUAACGAUGAAUUUGAUACAGUACAAAGUAACACAAGUAAUUUAAAAAGUAGCUUAAGUUUUAAUAAAGAUGUUAAUGAUGAAACUUCAACAAAUAGCAUAGAUAGUAUAGCAGAAACGUCAAUUUUACAAAAUUUAAAAGGUGAUGAACUUAAAACUCUAUUAGAUACAGAUACAACAUUAAAAUUAGAAGAAAAAGUUAAAAAUGAUAAUGUUGAAAAUGUAAAUGUAAGUAAUGAAUCAAAAGAUAAAACACAAAAUGAAUCAUCCAAUACAGACGUAAAUGGAGAAAAUGAUACAUCAGUUAAUUUAAAUCAAACUGAAAAUCAAAGUGAAGAAAGUAAUCAUAAUAGUGAAGAUGCUGAUUUAAGGUUAGAUACUGAAGAAAAUAGUGCACAAAUGAAUGAUUUUGUGUCUAAAAAUAAUGAAGAAAUAAUUAAAAAUGACGUCAGCAAUUAUGAUACAGCAAAAACAAGUAUAGAUGAAAAUUUAAAAGAAUCAGAUAUUAAUAGUCAUGAAGAUACUAUUAAACAGAAAGAAGAAAGUAGAAAAGAUGAAUCAAAUACAGAAAAUGCGGAAAAUACGAGUAAAAAUGUAAUAGUAACUAAAGAUCUAUCCAAAAAUGCAAAAAGCAUAGACUCUACAAGUAUAAAUGAUAUCGUGAAUAGUGUAGAAGCACUUAGUGUAAAUAGUGAUGAAAAUAAUAGUGAAAACACCAAUUUAGAAGGUAGUAAAAGCAAUAGUGGAACUAAUACAAGUGAUAAGUCGGUUGAAGACGCUGUUAAUGACAUAAAAUGCGUUGAAAUCAGUAAUACGGUUAAAGAGUGUAGUGAUAUAAUAAACAGUGCGGAAAAUUUUAAUAAUACUUGUAAUUAUGAAGAAAAUACGAGUGUUAAAGAAAAUGUGGUAGAAAAUAACAGUGAAAUAUCAAAUGAUUCGAAAAAUAACAGUGAUAAUAUAAACAGUGCAGACAAUGUAAGUCAAGAAGACUCAAAAACAGAAGAUAUUAGUGAAAACGCGAUUGGUGAUACAAAUAUUGAUAAAAUGAACAUAAAUAAUACAGAAAAUAUUAGUGCAAAUACAAAUCAAACAGCAGAAACAAAUAAAAUUGCGUCAACAGACGGUAAUUUCGACAAAAUUGACCACGUUGAGACAAACAAUACAAAAAGUACCGCGAAUUCCGACAAAAUUGACGCAAACAACACGCAAGAAAUUAGUCAAAAUACGGAAAAUAUUCACGAAUUUGACAAAAAUGGUGAUGUUGACAGUGACAAUUUCAAUAUGGACGACUUGGAAGACGUCAGCGAUACUGACAUUGAUGAUAAUAAGCUUAUGGACGAUAUAAACGAUCAGUUAAACCAAAAUAACGAUUUAAACAAUCCGUUAAAUCAAAAUAACGAUUUAAACAAUCCGUUAAAUCAAAAUAACGAUUUAAACAAUCUGUUAAAUCAAAAUAACGAUUUAAACAAUCUGUUAAAUCAAAAUAACGAUUUAAACGAUCAGUUAAAUCAAGAUAAUGAUGGAAAUGACAAAAUAACUCUUGAUGAUUUGUUGACGAAAGGACAAAAUGAUUUGGAUAGUAUAUCAGAUGGAGAGUUUACAUUGGAUGAAUAGAUGUAUAGUUAUUAGUUAGAUAUACAUAUAAAGGGUGCUGGGUGUCCCACUAUCGGUAUACUAAGCGCGAAGGGACUUGUAGUUUUGCAUACACUGAUCACGUAAAAAAAAUACUUAAACAACAAAAUUACGUCAAAAAUGUUUUGCUAAAUUUUUCCUGAAAAUCCAUGUUUUCAUCUCUAGCUUCGCUUAGCCGGCAUAUACCACUUCUCUAAUGUGAGCAUUUUCUUUCUAUGAAAACAUAAUCUUAAACGAUAGC